UCAAGGGCGCCAAAGCUUUCUACAGACAAUCCAUCUGACUCGCUUCAGGUUGUGCACUCUUCUGCGUUCACCUCGCAGAAGUCCGAAUCCCUGCCUGCCGGAACCUGCUGUCUAAGACAGACCUCGGAUCAUGUCACGACAAUCCGUGGCGAGCAUGAUAGAUCAGAUCAAACAACCGGCCUCAAAGAGAAACAAUUAGACCCACUCGAGGUCGAGUUCUUGCCAGACGACUUCGAGGUCGACAGAUCCAAUACCAGAUUCUGGACACCGCCGGCCCUUAGUUCACAAGUUUUUCCUUCUGGCCAGCCACGGUUCUCUGCUCUCGACUCACCACCGGGCGUAAGAAAUGCUUCGGAUCUUGACGAGCCUGGAAGUCUUGCGGGCGCAUUGUCGAUUGGUGCCAUAUCCAUGGUUACUGGAGUCUCGUGUUACGACGAUGAGGAUGAGCCUGGCAGCGAUAAUAAUGAUCACUUUGAACAUGACGAAGUGGACGACAGCGAGGAAUUAGGUCAGAAGAGUUGUGAAGGCCAAUUUGAGCAUGAUCGACGGACUGGAGGUGCUGAUAAGCAGAAGACCCCGAAGAAGCUACAUUCCGAGGAAGAGUCUGUGCAAAAGGUGACCGUGAUUACGAAUGAAAAUUCCGGGUCAAAUGACAUUAGCGCUUAUAGAGAGCUUAUAUCUCAAACAGGGCACCUCAAAGCUGAUCAGGCUGACGAGGAUUGGGGCGAUGGGGAAGAAGAAACGGAACUGCAGAAGAGGGAGAGGGUAGAAGAAGAGAUGGAGUGUGAACCGGGUGUGAAAGAAAAGGAAGAAGAGUUGAAGGGAUCCAGUGAUGCUAUUCAUAAGCGUCUGGUAAGGUUCAAUCAAAUUUGGCUACAAUAUGAAAUGUAUUUGAAUUGUGAAAAUUUUCUAACAUAA